AUGGAUCUUUCCGAUACUUCAACUUCAGAAAAUGCAACUGCCGAUUGUUUCGCAAGGUUGACAAGAGUGGUUGAUGAGUAUAUAUCGAAUGAUGAACUGAGAGCACUGAUCCUGGGAAUACAGUUUGAAGAAGUGGGCUUGGAUGAGGAGGAUUUCGCAACAAAGGUGAUGGAAGAGUUUGAUAUCUCAGGAGAUGCUCAUAUUAAUGAGAAAGAGUUUGUUAAUGGUCUCUCAAAAUGGCUUACAAAGGGUAAUAACUCCAACAAGAAAGCGAAAUCUUCUAACACCGAGUCACAGUUACAGAAUACUAGUGAAGAGAAUAAGAGUCUGCUAGCUCAGAAAAAGGAAAGCAAGAGUACGGCUGAUGAUAAAUCCUGGUGGAAUUACAUUAAAGCUGCUAUUCUAGUGAUUGCAGGAACCACAAUUACAAUAGUGAUUGGGACACCCCUCAUGCAAACGGUGCAAGAAUUCUCCACUUCUGCAAACAUUCCUUCAUUCGCGGUCUCAUAUGUAGUGAUACCUCUGGCUUUGGGCUACAAACAGAUGCUUUUAGUCAUUAAAUCUGCUGGAGAGAAAACAGAAAAGGCUGCCUCUUUAACAUUUUCUGAGCUUUAUGGUGGAGUAUUCAUGAAUAACAUAAUGGGUUUAGCCAUCUUCUUGCUGCUUGUUUACAUAAGAGAUUUGACCUGGGAUGUGUCGGCAGAAGUUCUGGUUAUUUUAGUAAUUUGCACUGCGAUGGGGUUAUUUGGGAGCUUCACCACCAAGAUUCCAUUUUGGACAUGCAUAAUAGUAUAUCUUCUGUACCCCAUAUCUCUGCUUCUGCUUUACAUUCUCACUGAAGUUCUUGGUUGGGCUUAAGCAAGCAAAUUAAGAUAUUAAUUAACAAAGAAUAAUUGAAGGCAAGCGAAUUCCAAAAUUUGAAAAAAAAUUAUGUACUGAACAGUUUACUAGAGGAGUAUGUUUCCAAUCAAGUACAUGUUUAUUUUGUUUCUGCAUUCACAACAAUCAUUGUUUCAUCCAACCAUAAAGCAAUCAAAGUUUUGUCUUUUUAAUUUAAUUUAAACACA